GAAGCACAUCCGGCGCUCCUACCCUCGCCCGGAAUACUGGCGGUCAACCUGGGGGAAGUGGGUACUGAAGCUGCGAGAGCUGAAUGCUGCGGAGGAGGGGCUGGACCCGGAAUGUCGAGAAGCUGUGCAGUUUGCCGGCACCUUCCGCAUCCCUUUCGUGUUGUUCGAGAGCAUCAUGCAGACGGUCACCUCCAUCUUCCAGUCUUCAGCCAGAGACGUCGCGGGCAGGGAUUGCCCACCCGUGGAACUCAAGGUGAUGGGUACUUUGAAGGUGUUGGCGUCGGGAUGCUGCUUCCAGGACGUCGCUUCCUUCUCUCUGAUGAGCCGCACGACCGCAGAGACUUCUUUCCACCAUUUCUGCGAGAAGUUUUCCGAGGGCCUCUGGGACACUUGGGUGAACCUCCCGGGCGGGGAUGAAUUCAAGAAGGUCGAGGAGAUCUACCGCAAGUGUGGUUACCCGGGGGCGAGGUGAUCUACGGACUGCACCCACUUCUGUUGGCCGGGCUGCCCGUUCUCCGUGAAGAACACCCACACCGGCAAGGAGAGCUACACGUCGCUGGUGGUGGAGUGCACGUGCGACCAUUCUGGCCGCAUCAUCGCGGCAACCAAGACUUACCCGGGAGCCGAGAACGACAAGACGGUCAUCGCACGGGACAAGUCCAUCUGGCGAAUACGAGAUGAGGAGCCGUGGAAGAGCUAUGAUACAAGUUCAAGCUCUACAACGCCGACGGCACAGAGACGGAGUACACAGGGGCGUGGAUCAUCGUGGACGGGGGGUACCCGAAGGUUAGUUUCGGUUGUUGGUUGUUGACCACUUUUUUGUUGUUGGUGUGGGUGGGCGUGACUAGCCUGGCCGGUACAUUUUUGAUAUACCCCCGCCCACAGAAGCGUCAUGUUUGUAAGUGCGAAAACCUCUGGCGAAACCCCGUCGCGUUCGGUCCUUGCUUUUUCUGUUGCUCCGUUCAUGGUGGGGAACCCGUGUGUAUUAUUCCCCUCCGGGAUCAGUUCACACCAGACAAGAACGUUGCCGUACUCUACUUAGUACGUGUACCCGUACCACUUCGUGUUUUGCAUUCCCGUCCAUCCUAGCUGUUUGUUAUUUCUGGCUUGGGAUGGGAGCGUCUAUUUAUGUAGUUGUCAAGGAAUUAUUUCUUGGCACGCCUUGCCCCUUUGCGCAGUCCUUGGAGACAGAUCACGUUGUUUCGACACAAGUUCGCAUUAAACCAACACCCGAUAGUCAUUUUCGGUCUGCCGUAUCACAGAUCCCGCUUCUGAUCCCACCGAUCAAGACGCACAACACCGUCGAGGAGCACGAUUGGAGCAGGCGGUUGGAGAGCAUGAGCAAGGAC